UCUCACAUCCAAGACGCAACAGACAUGCCCCUGUCAGGAAAUGUAAGGCCUUUCAUAUUAUUUGAGGGCUUCGUAAAUGAAAAGAAGGGCUUCUUUCUCAUCCCCCCUGUUCAGGUGUUGAAGAUGGUUCCGUCUGUGGCAUCUGGUUGCCUGGCAACGCGCUGAGACUUCAGUAUCCUACAGGAGAAGAAGGGGGGAUCAGAAAUGUCCAGAAUGUCCCAUUGCUGUACUAGAUUACCCUUGUUGGCUGACAUCCAUGAGCAGAAUGUGGCCUUUGUGCUUUGCACCUCAGAAACUGAGACUGCCGGCCUAUGUAUCUUGAAAGAACUCCUCAUAAAGACUCUUUUUUCUCUGGCCCACAAACCAACAGAUUCCAUGUUUGGCAUUGUCAGCUGUACCAGCCAGCAGGUGUUAAAAUGGCAGAAAAGUUUGGUAGAAUGUUCCCUCCGCAGUGUCACUGAAGCAGCUGCCUGGAUCAGAGGCCUUCAGAGCAGCAGUGGGGCCAGUGCUGUGAUGGCUGUGGCAGCAGCGCUGGAAGACCCCUUUUGCCAAGCAGUGUACCUGUUCACCAGUGGGCUACCUGAGCAUUCUGUGGAGGAAAUCAGUAGUCACCUUAAGGAGGCAGAGCAAGCGCACCCAGUGCACAUAGUAUACUUGGUAGGAAGCAAAGGGGAAAAUGAACACGGGGCACAAGAAAUAAUGGAGGAAGUGGCCAAGGCAUCUGGUGGUUCCUUUCAAGCAGUCAGCCUCAGCUCCGAUGAGGCUAUUCCUGGUUGCAGUGAAAGCAUUUGCCGCUCUGAUUGUAUCUGCAAGCAGCCCUGUUCCUCUCUCCUGAUGGGCCAUCAUGCUACAGCACAAUUUCCUUCGGAUGCUUGGAGCUUAGUAAAGGAGGAUUUCGUUGACUGGUCUCCAGAGGUUUACAAUUUGCAGAGGGGGGUCCAAGUCCUCGCCAGAAGGGAGACAGAUGGGUUUUACUAUCUGGGUCACAUUGUCCAAGAGGUUAAGGGCUCCAGAGGACACGUUCUGAUUGAGUUCCAAAGAUCUCGGCAGUCCCGGAAAGGCAAGAUCCUGUGUCGGAUGCAAGAAACGCCCCUCUACGAUGUCAUCCAUUAUGAGGAUGCCAGGUGGCAGCCCUUAGCUCCAGGAGAUGCAGUCCUGGCUCCGUGGGACAAGAAAGGUGAACGAUACGGUCCAGGUGUGAUUCUUCAGGUUGCGGAGGCUGCGUCUUCUCAUUCAGCCUUUAAAAACAGCAAAGUGCUGGUGAAUUUCUGGAAUGGGCAGACUAGGAACGUGUCUGCAGAUGUUGCUCUGAAGAUCCCUCGUUCUUUAAGUGAACGCAUCGUCCUUGAGCUUCAGAUGCCACUUGCAGCCAGGCAGAUGUUAGUGGAGCAGAAUCCAGAUUAUCCCUAUGUUGUGCCACCUGGAUACAGAGCUUCAGGGCCUUGCCAGCAGAGUUAUUUAGGUGAGAUGCACUGGCAAGAAACUCCAAAGGACCGCUGUGUUUGUGCUGGCUGCAGCUCUGCCCGCCACCCGCUUUGCCAUUGCUGCUUCCAGGCUUGGGAGUCCUUUAGAUCUCCCAUUUGCACAGUGCAACGAGAUGAUGCCUUCAUCCCCGGGACCAAACUGACAAAGGAAGAACUGAGCAGGAAGAUAGAAGAGCAGCUUUCAAAGGGUAGGCUUCCUAUUUCAGGAAGUAAUGAGAAGGAACAGAGCAAGAAGCUGAAGGAAGCAGACAACGUUGCAGAUUUAGAAUCCCAGGAAGAGAUGGAAAGCAAGUUUACAAAACCAAACAAGGACCAUUCAAGAGAGGGAACACCAGAAGCUUCACAGGAAGGUCCUGGCACUGUGGUUGAUGUAGCUGUCAACACAGACAAAUGCAUAACUCAGCAUGAACAGCAAAGACGAAGAGUCCUUUCCCAGCUCAACAGAAUGCCACUUUUUACCCAGCCAUGCCAAAGGAGUCCUUCUCGGAAGACGUACGCUGCAGAUACUUCCCAGCUCCAGGCAAUCUUUAACUGGGUGGACCAGUCACUGAAGGAAGACCAUUCUGUUGUCAAAUCGGUCUUGCCCAUCAGAAGAAGCUACAGUGCACCUCCCAUACAGAGAAUAGUGACAAAAGCGGUGACACAAGAUGGUCCGAGAGAGAUGGUCGUCAACACAGCCAGGAUGGAGUUCAAACGGAAGAAGAUGGAGCAGAGACAGCUUAAGGAGGAGCAGAGGCGGGAGGAGGAGCACCUUAGAAGAGAACUGCUGCUUGACAACAAGAGGCAGAGGUCACUCCAGCGAACCUUGCAAGGCUCUCAAAAGCAGCAGGAGAACAUUGGGAGCUGGACCAAGUGGCUCGGGAAGCAGCAGCUGCAGGCUGCAAGAGCAGAGACAGGGAGAGGGGAAUCCCGUUUCCAGGAAGAUCUAAAGAACAAAGAGGAACAAAGGCUGGAGUUCUUAAAGGCACAGCGCAAGCAGAGGGAAAAGCAGCUGGCAGAACACCAGGAAAGAAUUGAUGACCACGAGAAAAAAAGACUGGAGCUGCUCAGGAACAGAAUGAAAUCCAUGCAAAACAGCUUGGAGGCUGCAGCUCAGGAGCGGGACACACAGAGGAAAGAGAAGGCGGCUGCCAAAUCACAAAAGCUCCGAAAUCAGGACCGGACGUCCCAGCAGGUGGAGAAAGAGGAGCAGAAACACAAAGACCUCCAACAGUAUCUCAGAGAGCAGAGUCUCCUGAUGCUGCGUGCCUCACUGUUGCCAUAAAAACAUCACCGUCUGAAAAAGCCCACUUCUGGAACAAAGCUGCUGUUAAUAAUGUUCGUAUGCGCAAGGCCAUGUGAUGUGGGCUGCCAUAGAAAUGGCCCCACUGAGGCCAUCUUCAGACAAUGGCUUAUCUGAGAAUGGGAGGGUAGUAUUUUGAACCAUAAAUGCUUGCAGGACACAAUUUUUUAGUGUCCCAUCCACUUGUGAUCUAACUGGUUCACAGGGGGUCUGCAUCGUGCUUCAGGCUGUUCCUGGAAAGAGGAUCAGCUAGUCCCCACACCAGGGAUCGCCACCCUUUUUGGACCAGCGGGCAGAUGUCAAAUUUGGGGAGAGUUGUGGGUACCAGUCACUAAAUGACUGACAUGUGGGCAUGGUGUGAUGCAAAAUUAGAUAAAACCACCCCGACCACCUUACGCUUAGCACUAUUCCCAAUGCUGCACAAGCUGGAACGUGUGCAGAGGAAACCAAGCCUUAUGACGAAUGGUUGAGGGAGCUGGGUAUGUUUAGCCUGGGGAAAAAAGGAGUCUGAGAGAAGAUAUGAUAGCCAUCUUCAAAUAUCUAAAGGGCUGUCACAUGGAGGAUGGAAAAAGCUUGUUUUCUCUUGCUCUGGAGGGUAGGACUCGAACCAGUGGAUUCAAGUUACAAGACAGGAGAUUCCGACUAAACAUACAGAAAAACUUUCUGACAAUAAGAGCUGCUCAACAAUAGAAUGG